GCCUGACCCCGACCAGGUUCACUACUAACGCUCUUCAAACUACCAUCACCAUCACCGUCACCAUCACCACUACCACUUCUGCAAGCGUCGCCCGCCCGCACCGCCCACCGCACCUGCGGCUACCGCUGCCGCAACUGAAACAACAAAAAUAACUGCAUAGCGGCUUUGCACCUUUCAGAGACGAAAGAUGGGAGCUGCUGACCUUGUCCCAGAGCUGCUGCUGCUGCUUCUGCUGCUGUGUACGGUCAGAGCCAACGUUCUUACAGGGCUAGAACCUGGCGACCACGCCCACCACCAUGACGACCACGCCCACCACCACGACGACCACGCCCACCACCACGACGACCACGCCCACCACCAUGACGACCACGCCCACCACCACGACGACCACGCCCACCACCAUGACGACCACGCCCACCACGACGACGACCACGCCCACCAUGACGACCGGGCCAACCCUCCAGACUACCCACUAGCCACAGGAAGAGAGGCUAUAGAAGCAUCUGCCCGCAUCAAUGAAUUAUUCCUGGCUAUACAAGAUGACCAAAUACAGCUGCCCUGGGACAUGCCAGCCAUGAAGGAUGUGCCAACCUUCUUUAGUUUCUCCUGCGUCAACAGGAUCCAAGGGUACUACGCUGACGUAGACUUCGGUUGUCAGGUGUACCACGUGUGCAGAGACCACCUCCCGGUGGCGAGCUUCCUCUGCCCCAACGGAACAGUGUUCAACCAGGGCGUCUUCACCUGCGACUGGUGGUUCAACGUGGACUGCCCACUUUCCCCGACGCUCUAUCACCUCAACCAGCACCUAUACAAGGAAGAGGACGAAGUGCAUCUGGCCAGGCAAGAGACAGUGGGCCAGGUCAAGUCUAGCCUUCACGAGACAGCAGGCCAGGUCAAGUCUAGCCUUCAUGAGACAGCAGGUCAGGUCAAGCCCAGCCUUCAUGAGACAACAGGCCAGGUCAAGUCUAGCCUUCGUGAGACUGCUGGCCAGGUCAAGUCGAGCGUUCAUGAGACAGCAGGUCAGGUCAAGCCCAGCCUUCAUGAGACAACAGGCCAGGUCAAGUCUAGCCUUCAUGAGACAGCAGGCCAGGUCAAGUCUAGCCUUCAUGAGACUGCUGGCCAGGUCAAGUCCAGUGUUCAUGAGACAGCAGGUCAGGUCAAGUCCAACCUUCACGAAACAGUGGGCCAAGUCAAGUCUAACCUUCAGGGGACGAUAGAUCAAGAAGAGACCUUCCAACGAGAUGCAGUGAGUGAAAUAAAGACUUUUCUACAAGAGGGAGUGGAUCAAGACAAGACAUUCUUACAGGAGACAAAAGGUCAAGAUGAAGUUUCCCUGCAGGAGACUACAAAGUUUCUCAGGGAGACAGUGGAUCAAGAAGAUAAAUUCUUUCAACAGGAAACAGUGGGUCAAGGAACCAUCUCCAACCAGAAAGAAACAGUAGAACAAGCAAAGCCCAACUUUCCGACUAAUGAACCUCUCCCUAAUUUCCUACGUGUUCUCCAGGUUCUGUCGGUUCCAGAUGAGACCGCUGAGAGCAGUGACAAUGUAGAAGCUCUUGCAUUCCCACUUGUCCAUGAGUUUGUUAUUCCAGUCCCUCCCUCUACCAAGUCCAACCACAACUUGAAUCAAAUAGCUUCAGAUUACCACCUGCCUUCAGAGCAGCACCUGCCACCUGCAAAUGGGUACCUGCCUCCCUUAAAUGGAUACUUGCCACCAGCAAAUGAAUAUCUACCACCAGCUGAUGAAAAUUUCUCUAAAAUAUUUUAAGUAUUACAGUGUAUAAUAUUCAACUUAACAACAGAUGUAAUACAAAAGUACUGACUUGUUCACGCAAAGAACAUAGUUUGAACCAGAAAUAACAUAUAAAACAAACCAUGUGUUAUAAAUAAGAAAAUUAACAAAAAAUUCAAUGUAAAUCUAAACCAUUAAGAAUACUGUAUUGUAUUCUGUAUUAGUAAAAAAAUUAAAUUUUUUGUGUAUUUAGUAUUCAUUGUAAGGUUUUAUCAUAUACAUAAACAUUAUUAAUUUACUUUGUUCAGUAAUCUCUUAAAUUUCUGAAAGAAAAGUGCUUUAUACACUUGACUGUACCUGUAUGUCAAAAUAUUCAUCACUAAAUACAGUAACUUAAGAUAUAUAACAAAAGGGUUGUUUGGCGAACAAACAAACGAAUGAACCCCGACAAACUACAUGACCUCUCGCUGGACAGCCCGUCCUCCAAACAAAGACCUAAAGUCCAUUCCAUGCACCCACCAAUCUCCCUGUUUAUGACCCCCCCGCCAAUUCUGCUCGUCCUGCAUCGAGCUCUGCGACUCCAGCCGCACUCAACUCCAGGCUUCGUCUCAACGUCUACGAUACUGCCAACAACCGACUGCUGUAACCAAGACUACUAAAUAAAUAUGAAAACCCACUGAA